CGAAUUUCGGUUUUCGCGGUAGGCCCCUGCUCUUUGGGAUAUAGGGAGCGUGCAUGAACUGUAGGAGGCAGCACAGGAGCUAUCAGAUUUUUGGCGCGAAGCGUAAAUGUGAGGUUUAUUGUUCCGAUGUAGCCCACAAGAUGGCAGAACCUACUAUGCACUUGACGUGUAAAUGUGCAUGUUUAUGGUUCCGAUUCAGAUCACAAGAUGGCAGACCCUCCAACGCGCACGGUCCCUAUAGGGAGCGUGCAUGAACUGUAGGCAGCAGCACAGGAGCGGUCAGAUUUUUGGCGCGAGGCGUAAAUGUGAUGUUUAUUGUUCCGAUGUAGCCCACAAGAAAACACGUGACGUGUAAAUGUAAAUGUUUAUUGUUCCGAUUCAGGCCACAAGAUGGCAGACCCUCCAACGCGCACGGUCCCUAUAAACUUAAGAAAUCUCUUAACAGGGAAACAACAAUAUACCACUGGCAACAUUGACAUUAUUUACUUCGCGUACUUAUGUGUGCGAUGCGCUUGUCGUGUUCUCUUUUAUUAAUUUAUUUCUUUUAAAGUCCUGUGUUUAUUUCCGUUUCUAAAGCUUGUGUAACAAUGCAAUGAGAAAGUUCUACAUUCCCUGACAAUAACGUGUUCAGUGCAAGUUUUUGCGAACUUUCGCGUGCGUUUUUGUUGCUUCGCUCCAAUUUUUUAUCAAAAUACUCACCAAUGAAGAUACUCUGACUGGCAUUGAGGAGAUGGCGGGCGGCGUGCUCUGGUCGCGGCGGCUCGCGGCGCGCAUGCGCGUGCUGCGCGGGCUCGUGCGCGACACGCGCCGCUCGCUGCGUGACGUCGCCGACGCACUGGAGCUGGAUAUAAGGGAUGUCUCCAGCCGCGUAGAGGAAAUAGGAGAUGCAUCAGGGCGCCCUGCAGCUAUAGUGGUGUUAGGAACUAGUGCUGCCGCGCGGGCUCGCCUGCUGCACUGUCUUCUCGGACGGCGCCUAUUGCCAGAGCCGGCGCCGACUCAUUGCCGCUGGCUCCGGAUACAGUAUGGUAGCAGCACCCAAGUGCAUCUCACGCUCGGCAACUCGGAGUUCGAGCUGGUCGAAGAUCUGGAGUGCAACAAGGCUCCUUGGGAAACAUUGCCACUUGAAGAUCUCAUCCGCCAAGACUCAACAGAUUUCUCAACCAUGCUAGAAGUCGAACUGAACAUUCCCAUACUAAAAGACGGUCUUCGCAUCAUCGUCCCACCAGACAUAGGUGCCGACGAAACAACACUACCCAAACUAAAGCAAAAAUACUUAGAACUGUACGAAAAACGAGAUGUGAUACUAAAACUAUUUAACCCUAUAUACUUAUACGCGAUAGAUAGGAUAGGUAAAAAUGUCUUCAGCGAUGAUAUAUCAAGUGAUAAUGUUGUGUGCUCUAAGAGUGAAGAGGAUUUUUGGACUAUGUUCAAUAUGUAUCAGUCGCAUAGUGAGACUGAGGAGAAGGAAAGUGUUGUUGAGAAAGUCAGGAAGUGGAAAGCUAGGGAUGGGGAUGAUUUCGUGCUGACGGCGGAGAACUGCCUAGACCUCCACCAAAUAAAAGAAAUCAACCCCAACGCUCAAGUUCUCUUCACAUUAUUCGCGGACAGCCAAGCCGGCGAUCGAGUAGAUCUUUGGUACGAUGCCACAGAAUCUACGGAAGAACCGUGCUGUUUAGGGGAGUUGCCUGAGUCUGAUCAAGAGCUUGUGGAAGGUAUAAGGAGGUGGUACGAUGCCACAGAAUCUACGGAAGAACCGUGCUGUUUAGGGGAGUUGCCUGAGUCUGAUCAAGAGCUUGUGGAAGGUAUAAGGAGACACUCAGAUGAUUCUCCAAUAAGCAAAGCACUGACAGCAAGAUAUAGCGUCGAAAGACUGGAAAGACUGAGCGAGGAACGAGUGGCCUUUAUGAACGAAUUGUUAGACCAGUGGGAACUCAUGUUUCACCCGCCCCCAAAACACCAAACGAAAAGUCAAUGGCUUAUAGUUGACGACGUUGAGAUAUUACGGACCGUCGACAACACAGCGACAGAACGACAGGAGAGCGACAGAGUUGCUAACACGAGGACCGCUUUAAUAAAUAGUGUUGUUGCUUUUGGGAGUGACUGUUUACAGGAUUAUUUAUUAGAGAAUAGCACUAAACUAAGUGAGAUUCACGUGAAGUUAGUGCAGCAACUGAUACUGUCAUCUUUCGAGUUAGCCCGAGAGUUACAAGUUGUACCUAAGAAGAUACAGUAUGUGGCCGUACAGGAGAAACAGCUAUUUGAGACUAUAUACCAGAAUUUCUCUGAAGGUGAUAAGAAGAGUGCUCUAGUCGAGAUGAUGCAGGAAGUCUUACAGGAAUUGAAGGACGAAGUCAACAAUAUGGAUUGGAGUAUAGAUGAACUACCAUGUCACCUAGAUACUCGCUAUCUAAUGACCAGUAUGUCCAACUCCACCGUUCUGAGCCAGUCCGUCCGUCCGUCCGGUUCAGAUUCUACAUCGGAUGGCGAAGAGGCAGUUUCUUAUGACAGUUGCAGCUUCGAUGAUUAUGAUAUUAUUAAUAGUCAUAGCAGCUUAGGACUAAGCAUGUUUAUUAAAGACUCAGAGCAAUCGCCAGCCGAACGCAUACCGAUCGCAAACGAAUCAGAAUUAUUUUCGUUACAAUUCAGCAGCACGUCGCUAUGUACUACGGGGGACUCCAUAUCUGUCAAACAGGCCUCGUUGGACGUGCAACGGACUGUUCUGUCGAAGCUGAGCCGUAAAAUAAGCCUAAAGCUAGUCCCGUUCGUCGACUGUCUCAAACAGACGUACUUCGGUACAUUACAGAGAUGUCUAGACGCCUUAGAAUCGACUUGCAGACAAGAGCUAGGCGGCAGACCAGCCAGUGAAGCCAUGCGAGAACUCCUCUCUGUGACUCGUCAGGUGGACUUACAGCCCUGUGCAUCAUUCUCGACGCUCAGAACGCUGCUAGAGGCGGCUAGAAGACUGUUUCACAAACUGCGGAUCGUCGGCGGCGACGACGACGGUCCCUGUUGCGUCAUCAGCCCAGUAUGGCGACGGCAAACUGCGCUGAGCUGCCAACAAUCUUUAAAUGCUACCAAACUUGCCCGUCUUAUCGCCACUCAGAUUUUGGAACGCCUAAGCGUAGCCCACGAGCGUUACCAAGCCGCUCUCACCUCACUAGAAUCCGCACUAGCCAGCCGAUUACACCACACAGAAGACGUCAAACUCGCUAUUAGGAAAAAAUACGCCCCUACUUUCGCUCGGUUGUGUUUAGAAAGCACAUCAGUGUGUGACCUGCUUAUGUAUGGGACACCGGAAUUGGGCAGAGAGAUAGGGCGCGGGCAGUACGGCGUGGUGUACGCGGCGCGCGGCGCGUGGGGCCGGCACGAGCCCGCGGCCGUGAAGUCCGUGCUGCCGGCCGAUGAGAGGCAUUAUCGAGAGCUGGCUAUGGAAUUUUUCUACACCAGGAGUAUUCCCCCUCACCCUAGAAUCGUUGCCGUCCACGGCUCCAUAGUUCAACGCCGCGCUGGAGGAGCAUUAGGCGUCCUGCUCAUUUCGGAACGGAAAGAAAGGGACCUGCAUGCCGCCGUUCGGGCAGGUCUACAUUAUGCUGAGAGAAUGACGAUAGCCUGUGACAUCGUUGAAGGCAUCCGCUACCUUCAUUCCCUGGGUCUUGUACACCGCGAUAUCAAAAUGAAGAAUGUCCUCCUCGACUCCAGCAACAGAGCGGCGCUUUCAGACUUGGGAUUCUGCGCAGCCGAGGCGCUCAUGUCCGGAUCUGUUGUAGGAACCCCGGUCCAUAUGGCUCCAGAACUACUCGGUGGCGAUUACGACGCAGCAGUAGACGUGUACGCCUUCGGCAUCCUGUUCUGGUAUCUAUGCGCCGGCAACGUGAGGCUACCGGCAGCUUUCGAGGACUUCCAGAACAAGGAGCAACUCUGGACCAAGGUUAAGAGAGGUGAGAACUGGCUUAUAAAAAACUGCUCAUCAUCAGGUCCAUAUGCUCCAGAACUACUCGGCGGUGAUUACGACGCAGCAGUAGACGUGUACGCCUUCGGCAUACUGUUCUGGUACCUCUGCGCCGGCAACGUGAGGCUACCGGCAGCUUUCGAGGACUUCCAGAACAAGGAGCAACUCUGGACCAAGGUUAAGAGAGGACUACGCCCCGAACGAUUGCCGCACUUCACAGACGCGUGUUGGGCGCUGAUGGAGUCUUGUUGGAAUCCUGAGCCUGCCCGGCGGGCGUUGCUUGGAGAUAUUCAAUUACAGCUGGAAGGCAUCCUGCGCCACGCCCACGCGCACCCCGCGGCCUGCGCGCCGCGCGGCGCCGACUCGGACGACAGCCUCGACAUGACGCUGCACUACCGGCCCGGCGGCGACCACACGCCGCUGUGACGGGCUGCGCGGGCUCGGCCAUCUUGUGGCCUCAAUCGGACACAUUGACACUUCACGCCAGCAAGUGCCCUCUACGGUUCACGUACGUUUUCUUAUGCAUUGUGGGUUCUGCUGUUGUGGGCUACAUUGGAAGCUUAAAAUUGGCAUUUACAGUUCGCGCCAAUAAACAGGGGGCUCCUCUGCUGCUCCCUACAGUUCAUGCCCGUUCCUGUAGCUUACCCAAACUUAACAAAUGAAGAUAAUGCUCACAAUUCGUAAAGAGUCUUAAGUCGUCUCGAUACAUUGGGAUACUAAAUGUCAAUUUUAGUGUUAAUUUAACAGCAAAUUGUUUAUAGUGCAAAAGGUUAUGACUGUAUUCAUAAGCAGUGAAAGGACAUUACGAAUAAAGAAGAAUGCCUUUUGGUUUCAUUAGCGCACCUCGCGCCCGGCGUUAACUUCAAUGACAGGCUGGACAUGUCGCUGCAAUGCACUACCGGCCUAGUAAUUACUUCUUUUUUUAGGCCUAGUAAUUAAUUAUUUGCUUCACACCCAGUAAAUCUCAUGUUGUGAUUGUCCAGAUCACAGAUACUAAGAGGCCAAACGAUCACUGGACGAAAAAGUUCUCACCCGAGGGCAGUACGCCUAUUCUCGUUUUUUUCGAAUCAUUUGAACGUUAAAUGUCAAUUUUUAAGGUUAUUUUUAACGGAUAAUUGUUGAUAGCGACAUGCAAUACGUUAAGACUUAUUUCAACAGCAGCAGUUAGAGGACAUUACGAAUUUCGAAGAAUACCUUUUGGUAUUAUUAAUGUACCAACUGAUGAGCUUUGUAGUCGCCACCAAUUAUAAUGGAGCGGCCAAGGUGUUCACAAACAACUGAACAAAUCCUGUAUUAUCAAGACAUUACAAUGAAUAUUUAGAUAUUUCUAAGCAAUCCGGCUGCUCCGAUAUACCUGAUGGCGACUGUUCGUCCGAAGACUAGUGUGUACAGCCGCCAUCAGUUAUAUCGGAGCGGCCGAGGCGCUCACAAGUAUCUAGUUAGAGUGCGUGUUCAGAUAUUUUUGAGCACCUCGGCCGCUCCGAUAUAUUUGGUGGCGACUGUACCAAAAUAAUGAUAAUCUUUCUCGUUUCCCUUUAUCUAAAGAAGCUAAAGACCUGUGAGUAGUGUUUCUAUUUUUUACUGCCUUAGGGUUUUUUUCUAGAAAUCCCGAACAUCACAACAGAAUAUCACAAGAAAUGUUAAUACACAAAAAAGCUAAUAUUAAAAUGUGGUACAGUAUUUAUCAAAUAUUGGUUGUUAAAAGUGUCAAAUAAAAAAAUAUCUCUUAGCUUAAGAUCUUUAUUAAGAUGUUCUUUAUCUCUUUAAUAUGAUGUUUCCUGUCUUAAAAUAAAAUUUACAAUGCUCCUUUACCGCACGCGUGCAGGAAUGAGCUUUAAAGAGUAUGUACCAUAUGUACUGUAAAACGUUGUACGAUACACGUGCGAAUAGGUAUUUCCCAAAUCUAGUCGAUUUAUGACACUCCUUUCGGUCGUGUUUUAAUUUAUCACCACUCGUUGCGAAAAUCCUAUUUUCUGCACUUGUAUCGUAAAUAACUAAUUUCACACCAUGCACGAAAUAAAGCACUAGAAAAAUAUACCUAGACUGCAGUUAUUUUAAGGCCCAGUUUCUAUUUAAUAAAUCCGAAAGAACUAUAAAGGGUAGUUAACUUGACCAUGACGUCAUUGUUCUGUAUUUCAUAGAGAUUCAAAAGUGGCUUAUCGUAUUGACUGUUCGAAAAAUAAACUGAUUUGACCAAGCAGUCAACAACCCUAGCUAUUAUCGAAAAUAUGUAUUAGAAUAUGAGAUAAAACGUCCCAAAACGUCAAGGCUUGGAACCGGUUGCAAAAAUAGCUGUAAAUACCGGUUUAUUUUGGUUUUUGGAACUUUCAUAAGAACGAGAACGUUUUGAGUACUUUAUUGUAACCUAAAUAAACCGGUUUAUUCGACGACCGACAAGACGGUCGGCGGUCAUGCUAGAGUGCCGCGUAAUCAAAGACACCUACAUAGGAAGAAACCUGUUUUUACUCUUCUAAACCGGUUAAUCUGACAAGAACUUUAUGGAAAUGUUAACCGGUUAAUAAUAACGGUUUUAUGACCGAAAUUAAAAGGUUUUCCGCUAAGGUAUGAAAAUUUUUCGAGCCUUCCAAAACGUCUUCACACUCUUCUUAAGAACAUUCUUACCUUACUUUCAAUAACGUCAGUCCUUAAACACGUUUCAUUGUGACGCUUUUAUUUAGUUUAUAAUCAAGAAAAUUAUAAACUGUAAUUUUAAUCUCUAUGUUAACUUUAAUAAAGUCUACAUUCCUUUCAGUUCUUGAUUUAUAUUAAGUCUCAAUGUCUAUGAGAUCUAGAGUCUCGAUUUGUUUACGUAAAAUGGGGGCCUAUUUCACAAUAUCCAAGUAAAGUCCCGAAUAAGCUACUUGCCACUAAUCUGACGAAUAAGGUCAUCUUUGGCGUUUCACAAUCUUCAAAUAAGCUUAACUGGUAGACAAAGUGCUAAGUUUUAUGAAUGCUAGUUUAAUUAGCUAUCCAAUACUUAACUUGGACCGUAAGAUUCAACAUGAAAAUUUGUACUUUUCAAUAAUUUUGCUAGUCUUCUAAAAUAUUUGUAAAAAAGUCUUGUUGCUAUAUUUUUAGAAUGAAUCGAGGGAAUUCCCCAUAUUUUUUAAUAUGAACAAAUUUUAAUACAUUUUUAAACUAAAUCGUCAAAAAUGGCGGCUUAAUGUGUGAUCUUAAGGGAUGAUGAACAGACAUAAACGUUUUUGUGGCAAAAACGAGUGUUUGAAAUAAUUAAAUAUCGAUUAAUCUGUUAUCGAUAAGUCAGACAUAGACUAAAGAAUGUUGUAUUUAGUACUAAAAAAUAAAAACAUAAACAGUAGUAUACAGUGCCAAUAGAAUAUAAAACUACCAAUAUAUCAAUCAAUCAAUCAAAUAUUUAUUGAUAAAAUAUAGGUAUUUUACAUGUCAACAUUUUACAACUAAUGGGAUUACACAUAUUAUUAUUUAUCUAAUUAAACAUUACUUAUCUAGGGUACAUCAUUAUCUUGAUCGAAACAAAAAAAAUAAUUUAUUUUAAUUCAAAUUAUACCGACUAUUUUUUAUUCUUGCAUUUCAUAUCAUAUAUAUUAAAGAAGAUAUCGAAAGUAUUGUGUAUCUUGCGGUAGCUAUCUUCUUAUUCUUACUUCAAUUACUCCGUUGGCUCAGCGGCCCAAAAUGAGACUUGGCCUCCGACACAAUACAGUGCCACUUUUCUCGAUCCUGUGCUUCUCCUCGCCACUUGUUGGCUCGAAGCUCGCGCAGAUCCGCCUCCGCCAUGUCGCUCCAGCGAUACCUGGGGCAUCCUUAUACAUGAAAAUAUCUAUAGGAAAAGGUAAGCUAACAUCGAUAACAUACAUGUCGAUAUUUCGUUUUGUCAAUCACUUUAUUUUGUCAGAAAAUGUUAUAUGUCUGACGAUGAUAGUUUAAAUAUUGUGAUGAGAUAAAUAUUUUGUGUACUAAAUUUUAAACGAUAUAUAUUAUUUUUAACGCCUUUGUUGAUGGAUCUACGAGGAUUUACCGUGUUGACAGCUUAAAAAUAAUGCAGCUUCCUAGCCAUUAACACAUUAUUAUCAAAAGAAGCUGGGCAACCUUAGUAUAAGGGGUAAACAACAAUACCUAUAUGUAUUCCAUACACAAUAUCAAAUUGUUGAGCAUAUUUUGUAUGUGCGUUGUAAUUAUUUUUAAGCUAUUUAAAGGUGUAUGUGUUCCUAUAUUCAUAGUUUAAAGUUUAUUACUAUUGUCUAAAAAAGAAAAAUAGUACAUAGAAAGCAAAUUAGUGAAUAACAUGAACAAAAUGUAUUUUUCGGCCGUGUUCUUCUAGAUAGAUACAUAAAAAUGUUUUAUCAAAUGAUUUACAAAAGCAUAGUCUGUGAAAAUAAACUUCACAGAUGUUGUAUUUCUGUUGCUGCUAUAGCAACAAAAACUAAAAACAGAAUAAAAUAAAUAUUUAUGUGGGGUCCCAUACAACAAACGGGUUUUGCCGUUUUUUGCGAAAUGGUAUAGAACCCUUCGUGGGCGAGUCUGACUCGCACUUGUCGGUUUUUAAUUUUUUAACCCUCUGACCGCCACAGACGGCCGAGGACGUCAUCGGAAAGUCUUGCCAAGAACGCCAACGAAAGCCACAGCCGUCAGCUUCGCCAAUGCAAUAGAGACUUACGCGGGACUCCGUAAAGUUCAAUUUCGCUUAAAUAAUCGCGAUCGCCUGGCGUCCGGGGCAGGGCAUAUUCCUUCGCCGUCUGACUCUCAAAUGGUUGAAAAUAAAUAAGUACCUAUAUAGGUACUUAUUGUCGGACGAGAAUACGUUUGUGCCAUAAUACUUAGCAGAAAAAAAUAUAUUUUUGAAAAGUUUUAUUUUUAGGAAAUAUUUAACUGAUUUAUCAUUUAGCCUUAUAUGUUUACUAUUUAAAGUAACACAAAUAUUUUAAAUGUUGUGGUAACCAUGAAAUAAAUGCAUUUUUUUUUAUUGCCAUGUCCGUUUUUGAUGUGUAAAUGUUAAACGUACGACACACGACACAACGUUUCGGAUAUGUCACAAUUUUUGUGAUCAUUUUUUGUUAAUAGAGUGAAAAUAAUCCUGAAAGAGAAAGUUUUUUAAAAACGAUUGGUGUCUAUUAUAACAUAUUUCUUGUUAUUUUAGGAAACGAUUUUUCUCAUAAAUGGAUAUGGCACAAACGUAUUCUCAGCCGACGAUAUAUCAACAUCGUUUCUUUUAACUCUUCCGGAAUUGGGAAAGUCACACAUUAUUUUAACGGGAUUCUUAAAACCGCCUAAUGUUGGUAAUAUUCUAAAUUGUGAUAAUAUUUAUACGAUUCGGUGUUAUUUUUGUCCAACAAAAAUUGUAUCCAUUGAAAGUAUUUAUGCUUUACUUAAUAUUUAAGAAUCUCUAUAAGUCGAGUUUGAGCUAUUAUUCUAAGAAAGUUAUGUAAAAUCAGGGUUAUUGACUUAUUGUCAAAUAUUUUUGAAAAUGUUUCACGCUUUUAACUUGUUCAAAUUGAAUGUCGCAAUAUUUUUAAUUCGGUUCCUUCUCUACGAUUGAAUGCAUGUUUUUUUAUGAUGUGUGUGUGCUCGUUGAACAAAACCUUUUUAUUAUAAGUUACACUUUGUCUAAAUAAAAGUGCUUUUUUAAA